AUGAAACCCAGUGUGUUUGUUCGCUACGGUGGUCUGCUAGACCGGUCCAGUGCACCUGUCCGAAUCGGAUCGGUACAUCACUUCCCGGCAGUGCCAACAGCACCGGUACAACGACCAAUGUUUGGUUUUGGUGACAGCAAACGAACGAAACAAGCCAGAGGCAAUAAAAUGGUGGGAAAACACCUGCAGACUGCCGACAAAAGAAAGAAUAGAUGA